UCGGAACCGCGGCGGCAGCGGCGGAGGCGGGGAUCCCGCGGCUGCGGCGACGGCGGCCGCGGUGAAGCCACGGGUCUGGCUCGGUUCGGCGUGACGGUGGCCGCGGCGGCUGCGGUGGCGGCUACGACCAGGUCGGUGUCCCGAGCCGAGCAUGGUGACAGCCUGUGCCCUCGGCCCCCUCGCCUGGCGCAGCUGGAAGAGCCGCCAGCCUCGGGAGCCGAUGGCCCCCCUCGUGAGGGAGUGAGCAACCUGGCCCCGCCCUACGGAUUGAGGGGGGACGCAGCAGCUGAGUGACCUGAGAUCAGGCUGCCGACCCCCUCCCACCAGUUGACGAAUGGUGGAACAAGCAACGAGGGACCCUUGUUUGGGUCGUGAAAUAAUGGUGGGAAGCAAAGCGUGAGCAUCCCAGGUGGUCGCCUGUAACUUCUUGGUGGAAAUCGAAGCCUGAGUCCCCAAGCCCAUCCAUCGGACCCUCCCGGCCCCCCACCCCGGGCUGAUGGGGCCACUGGGGCCCCAAGCAGCCACCUGACCAUCCAGACCCCACCCUGCCAGCCAUGGCUGGCCCUGAGGGCUUCCAAUACCGUGCAUUGUACCCAUUCCGCCGGGAGCGGCCGGAGGACCUGGAGCUACUUCCGGGUGAUGUGCUGGUGGUGAGCAGGGCCGCCCUGCAGGCGCUGGGCGUGGCCGAGGGCAACGAGCGCUGCCCGCAGAGCGUCGGCUGGAUGCCUGGCCUCAAUGAGCGUACCCGGCAACGCGGUGACUUCCCUGGCACCUAUGUGGAGUUCCUGGGGCCCGUGGCCCUGGCCCGGCCUGGCCCUCGCCCACGUGGCCCCCGCCCACUGCCCGCCAGGCCCCGAGACGGGCCCCCUGAGCCAGCUGGGCCUUUCUGCAGCUCAAGCACCACCUGGCCCAUCACUCAGGGAGGCCCCACAGGCCCUGGCUUGCCCCUGCUGUGUGCCAGGGCGUCCCCGCCAAGGGCCAAAGCUGCAUCAAAUGGUGGCUGUGCCGACAGAGAGCGCCUGAACACAAAAGGCCUGACACUCCCUGACCUACCCGAGCAGUUCUCCCCCCCUGAUGUGGCUCCCCCUAUCCUGGUGAAGCUGGUGGAGGCCAUUGAACGGACAGGGUUGGACAGCUACAGGCCUGAGCCACCCACCAUGCGCACAGACUGGUCCCUGGGUGAUGUGGAGCAGUGGGAUGCGGCAGCCCUGUCAGAGGGUGUGAAAAGCUUCCUGCUGGCGCUGCCGGCGCCCCUCGUGACACCCGAGGCCGCGGCCGAGGCACACCGAGCCCUGCGGGAGGCUGCGGGGCCCGUGGGGCCGGCGCUGGAGCCCCCGACGCUGCCACUGCACCACGCGCUCACGCUGCGCUUCCUGCUCCAGCACCUGGGCCGGGUGGCCAGGCGCGCCCCAGCCCCGGGCCCCGCGGUCCGUGCCCUGGGCGCCACCUUCGGGCCGCUGCUGCUGCGCGCGCCGCCGCCGCCCUCUCCGCCGCCAGGGGGCGCGCCCGACGGGGCCGAGCCCACCCCCGACUUUCCUGCGCUGCUGGUGGAGAAGCUGCUUCAGGAACACCUGGAGGAGCAGGAGGUUGCCCCCCCAGCACUGCCACCAAAACCCCCCAAGACAAAGCCAGCCCCCACAGGCCUGGCCAAUGGGGGCAGCCCACCCUCCCUGCAAGAUGCCGAGUGGUACUGGGGUGACAUCUCCAGGGAGGAGGUAAACGAGAAACUGCGGGACACGCCCGACGGCACCUUCCUGGUCCGAGAUGCCUCCAGCAAGAUCCAGGGAGAGUACACGCUGACCCUCAGGAAGGGCGGAAACAACAAGCUGAUCAAGGUCUUCCACCGAGACGGGCACUACGGCUUCUCGGAGCCGCUCACCUUCUGCUCUGUCGUGGACCUCAUCACCCACUACCGCCAUGAGUCACUGGCCCAGUACAACGCCAAGCUGGACACGCGGCUCCUCUACCCGGUGUCCAAGUACCAACAGGACCAGAUCGUCAAGGAGGACAGCGUGGAGGCGGUGGGUGCCCAGCUCAAGGUCUACCACCAGCAGUACCAGGACAAGAGCCGCGAGUACGACCAGCUCUACGAGGAGUACACGCGCACCUCCCAGGAACUGCAGAUGAAGCGCACAGCCAUCGAAGCCUUCAAUGAGACCAUCAAGAUCUUUGAAGAGCAGGGCCAGACGCAGGAGAAGUGCAGCAAGGAGUAUCUGGAGCGCUUCCGACGUGAGGGCAAUGAGAAAGAAAUGCAGAGGAUCCUGCUCAACUCGGAGCGGCUCAAGUCUCGCAUUGCUGAGAUCCAUGAGAGCCGCACAAAGCUGGAGCAGGAGCUGCGGGCACAGGCCUCUGACAACCGAGAGAUCGACAAGCGCAUGAACAGCCUCAAGCCAGACCUCAUGCAGUUGCGCAAGAUCCGAGACCAGUACCUUGUGUGGCUCACUCAGAAAGGUGCCCGGCAGAAGAAAAUCAACGAAUGGUUGGGGAUCAAGAACGAGACUGAGGACCAGUACUCACUGAUGGAGGAUGAGGAUGACCUCCCCCACCACGAGGAACGCACAUGGUAUGUAGGCAAGAUCAACCGCACCCAAGCUGAGGAAAUGCUGAGUGGCAAGCGGGACGGUACCUUCCUCAUCCGUGAGAGCAGCCAGCGGGGUUGCUACGCCUGUUCUGUGGUGGUGGACGGCGAUACCAAGCACUGCGUCAUCUACCGCACGGCCACGGGCUUCGGCUUCGCGGAGCCCUACAACCUGUACGGGUCCCUGAAGGAGCUCGUCCUCCACUACCAGCACGCCUCCCUGGUGCAGCACAAUGACGCGCUGACCGUCACGCUCGCUCACCCCGUGCGCGCCCCCGGGCCUGGGCCCCCGCCCGCUGCUCGCUGAGCAGGCGCGCGCGCCCAGAGCAGAGCCGCGCCGGCCGGAGGCUGCGGUGGCCGCGCAUCUGGACCGUCUUUCUAAUCUGUCUCUUCCUUGGGUUUCCUCUGCCUGUCUCUUCUUUGUGCAUCUCUCCAGGUGUGUCUGCUUUUCUCUUUCUCUCUCUGCAGUUCUGUCUCAGUCUCUCCUCUGUGUCUGCCUCUCUCUCCAUCUUUAUCUGGGUCUCUUUCUGUCCCCCGAUGUCACUCUGUCUCUCUCUAGCUCCAUCUGUCCGUCCCCUCUCUCUCUCCCCCCUUCCCCGUCUCUGUGUAUCCAUGUUGGGGGUCCCGCCUCCCCAACUCCACAGCCCCUGCCCCCAUAAUCACUGCCCUCCAACGGCUCUGGCCACCCACAACCUUGUGCCCUGUCCCCCACGGGCCUCCAGGGGUCCCCAGAGCCCCACCUGGCUGCACCUGCCGUGUUUACAGAGGCCCCUGGGUUGCGUGGCCCCCGCCUGGGUGCCCCGAUUUUUAAGCCAUAGACCUGGGGUCAGGGUAGGAAGGAACUUCGCUUGGCCACUUCCAAGAACCUCAGCCGUGACGUCUGGGGCCAGGCGGGACCUGCCCCAUAGACCCCAACUUCCCCUUCAAACCCUGAAGUGAAACCCGGCCCCGGGUUGUCCCCACCGUGGGGCUGCUGCCAAGAAGUACCCCUGAAAAAGAAAAUAAUUAAAAAUAAACUCACAGGCUGACCCCAGGCCUCCCAGGAACUGAGGCCACCAGCACCUCUGGGCAGCCGGCACAUAACGCUGCCCACAGCACCGUAGUCAACGCAGACUUAAGUCUUCUCCAUCAUGUUGGGCUCUGAUUUUAUUUUUCCUUAAGUGUACCUAAAGCCCUCUUUUCUCUCCUCUUUUGGGACGAGAGCCCUGAUUUUCUAUGCCACCCACGGACCCCAACCCCCUUUUCCUGCCUGUCUGGCUAGGCUGGCAGGCGGGUUUUGUAUGGUACGUUGAUACUGAUAUGGAUAUAAAACAUUGAAAUCGA